AUGGCUGGAGUGUUCACUCUCGAUAGGAAACUGCUAAAAGACACCCUUAAAAUCUCUCAGCAAUUUUUGAAGACUAUUAGGUUAUAUGUUUCUUCAGGACUGAGUAUGGAAAACUGUCAAGAGGAAGAAGAUAUAGCACUAGAUAGGAGUGUCAUUCCAGGAAUAUUUAGAAGAGGAGAUGUUCUCAUUGGAGGGGUGUUUCCCGUCAAGCGAACUAAGACCUUUGGAAAUGUUAUGUUCACUGAUAAUCCAUCCACCCAAGUAUGUGAUGACAGGAGCUACCGCUGGCUUCAAGCAUUGAUCUUUACGGUCCAAGAAAUGAAUAAUGAUCCGUAUCUUCUUCCUAACACAACGCUUGGCUAUGCAAUCUUUGAUACUUGUGACAACAUAGCUGAAGUAGUGAAAGAGAUGUUUACGCUAAUUUCUGGACCGACGCACGAAGCAAGAGAUAUUCCAAAUUACCACUGUCAAACGAACUCUACGUUAGCUGCAGUUAUCGGUGAAUCAGCCUCUGUGAUAUCAAUAGCAAUGGCAAGAAUUUUGGGCACAUAUCAUUAUCCACAGGUGAGUUAUUUUUCCUCUAUCAACAUCUUGAGUAAUAAGCAGGAGUUUCCUUCAUUCUUCCGGACCAUACCAAGUGAUACAUUUCAAACCACAGCUUUGGCUGCCAUGGUGGAGCACUUUGGUUGGACGUGGGUGGGCACUGUAGCUGAAGACAAUGACUAUGGACAUCUGGGAGUGCAGCUUUUCACUGAACAGAUUGUACGGCUUGGUGUCUGCGUGGCAUUUUCAGAGACAAUCCCUCUAGUGUAUUCCAAAACAAAAUAUGAACAGAUUGCUGCUACAAUAAAACGUUCCUCAGCUAAAGUCAUAAUUGUGGUCUCUGGAGACACCAACUUGAUACCAUUAAUUUGGGAAGUAGCCAAACAGAACAUUAGAGGCAGGACAUGGAUAGCCAGUGAAGGCUGGAGCACAUCAGCUUUUGUAUUAGAAAAGGAUCAAAGUCAUUUUUUUAGUGGUACUCUCGGACUUGCAAUACCCACAGGAACAAUCUCAGGCCUGAAAGAGUUCCUACUCCAGGUGAAUCCACUUCAGGAACCCGAAGAUCCUAUAAUAAAGUUGUUCUGGGAGAACAUGUUCGGGUGUUCCUGGCUUGACCUUUCUCAAUCUCAGAACAUUACAAACAUUUGUACUGGCAAAGAGAACCUGUCAUCUGUGAAUAACACGUAUACAGAUGUGUCACAGCUGAGAAUAACCUUUAAUGUUUACAAUGCUGCACAUGCCAUGGCUAAUGCUCUCCAGAGCUUGAUUUACUGUGGAAAUGAACCAUGCAGAAGAGUACACGACAUACAGCCCUGGCAGUUAGUAAGAGCAUUAAAAAGAGUGAAUUUCACAGACCGCAGUGGAGAUCAGCAUUACUUUGACCAGAAUGGGGAUCCAGUGCCAAAGUAUGAUGUGUUAAACUGGCAGAUGGGAAACAAUGGCCUGCUCCAGUAUAAGAAGGUGGGGAGCUACAGUGACCGUACACCACACAGGCACCAACUAGUGAUGGAUGAACAAGAGACCUUAUGGAAUGGAGACAUGUCACAGCCCCCAGUCUCAGUGUGUAGUGCCAGCUGCAAGCUUGGAUUCAGGAAAAGCAUCUUACACGGUCAACCAGCUUGUUGCUUCACUUGUAUUCCAUGCCCAGAUGGAGAGAUAUCUAAUGGAACAGAUUCCACUGAAUGUAUAAAAUGUGACCAAGACUACUGGUCCAAUAAAAACAAAACUGUCUGUGUUCCUAAAGAAGUGGAUUACCUGUCUUUUGGAGAACCUCUUGGCAUCACAUUCUCCACAGCAGCCUCUCUGGGGAUCUUUAAAACCAUUGCAGUUACACUGGUGUUCAUUAAAUACAAGAAUACUCCAAUAGUGAGAGCCCAAAACUUAGAAAUGAGUUUCCUUCUCCUUACCUCACUCUUAGUGUCUUUUAUUGGUACCUUUACAUUCAUUGGUGAACCCUCUACAACUUUAUGUGUCCUUAGACAAACUGUGUUUGCUAUCAGCUUUGUUCUAAAUAUCUCAUGUGUAUUAGUUAAGACAUUGGUUGUCAUUAUUGCCUUCACAAUGGCAAAACCCAACCAGAGUUUGGUGAAAUUCUUCCAGCCCUCUCAUCAGAGAGCACUGGUGGGCCUGACCACUUCAGUUCAGAUUGCAAUCUGUGUUGGGUUCUUCUCAUCUACAUCAUUGAUUAUGAAGAAGAACAGGGACACUAUAAUAGCAAAGAUAAUUCUAGAAUGCAACCGGGAAUCUGAAUUGGCAUUUCUUGUGGCUAUUGGAUAUAUUGGGCUCCUGGCUCUGGUUUGUUUUGUUCUGGCCUUUCUGGCUAGGAAUUUGCCUGAUAAUUUUAAUGAAGCAAAAUUUAUUACAUUCAGCUUGUUGGUAUUUGUCAUGGUCUGGGUGUGCUUCAUACCUGGCUAUUUGAGUACGAGUGGUAAAUAUGUCACUGCUGUGGAGAUAUUUGCUAUCCUCUCAUCUGCUGCUGGUUUACUUGUUUGUAUAUUCUUUCCUAAAUGCUACAUUAUACUACUGCGACCAUCUAGUAACUCUAAGAAAAACCUUAUGGGACAUUCCUAUCUUAAAAGAUAA